UCUUUCUCUGCCUCUUUUGCCUGUUUGGUCUGAUCCGUCCCAAUCUUGGUUCAAUGUCCGGAACCUAGCCUCCCACCCUUCGACCCGUGUAACACUUGUCCCUUGCCCUUUCCUCGAAGACCCCUUUUGUCUCUCAACCAAAAGCCGGGAGAGAGGAAUAGCGUCGAUAAAACUUUUACUUCAGCCGUUUUUGUGCUGUUGCAGGAAAGAUCUAGGGCUUUUCACAUUGCCUGGAUAGAUUUGCUCUUCACUUCCAUUUUAUUAUCUUAAUUUGCACUGGCCGGCUGCUUGAUCCAUCCAGAUUUGAUCAUCAAUAAGACAAUAAUUAUCUCCUUGCGCAAUAUUUUAAGGGUUAUCAUCACGUAGCGGUAAAUGUAAAUGGAUGGCGGUGUGCUUUCCCCAUCUUUUGGAAGACGACCAAUGUGUAUGGUUAAUUUGGUAGAGGGAAGCGCUGGAACUCUCUCCAACUAUUGGUUUUUUUCGUUUAUAUUAGAUGACUUUGGAGGCCAACAUACUUUAAACAUUAGCAAUUCCUGAUAUUUUCGCACAGAUUUAGCACUUUUCUCCCUUUUCUUUCCGGUGUAACUUACAAAUGAGGUGCUCUCAUUUUCUGGCGUCAAGCACCGUCCUCUUCUGCAUGAUGUUCCAAAAAUUGACGCUGGCAACUUUUGUGUUAGAAUUGUUGUUGCCGAGUUACCAGGCUUUCUGUCUGCUGAUCUGAGGAAGAACGCAGGCAAUUUUAGGCUCACAUUUUAUGAUGACGAGCUGUAGCUUGGGCUGCCUAUUCAUUUGGCUUAAGUUCAAAUUUCGACUUAGUCAACUAGAGGGCUUAGGUUCAACCUUCAAAAUGUAGAUAUGAUUUUUUUCUCUUUCUUCAUUUUUAUGAUUUGAUGUGGUAAACAAUGCAUAAUCGCAUUGCCACUACUAACUGCUUCUUCUCCACUGUUCUUUCAUUUCAUUUUAUAUCAGGUUUGAUUGGUUUGCAGAAAACUUGUAUUCUUUUGUGAAGUGUAUGUGGCAUAAAGGCAUGGAUAGAACUUCUAGAAGGACACAAGACAGGGAAAUUAACGAUGAUUAUCACUAACUGGAGACUGGAUGAUGUAUCAUGUGCCUGCCCGGUAUUAUAUAGCUUCAUUUGCAUAGGGUAAGUCAUGUCUGUGCUCCCUCUUUCAGAGGUUCAGUCCACUGGAGAACCUAACAUUGGAACAAAGGCAGUGGAAAACAGUCUCGGGAAGGCAAGUCUAUUGCCAGAAGGUUUCUCGAGACAACAAAAAAGGGAGAAACCCUCGCAUGCUAUCAUUGCUAUAGAUGUCACUCCUAUGGAAAUUUGUUCUGCUCAACAAUCCCCUAUUACUGAAUUUAAUGAGUUUAAAGAAAGGAAUUUUGGAAAUGGUAGGUUACGGGUGCUUGCUUCUGAUUCUUGUAGGCCUUCAGGUGAACUUCCAAAUGGGAUUCAUGUUAUUCAUGAGUUAUUGCCAAAAACAGCACCUCUCCAAUCUUUGCAAGGAAACAAAGAAUUGAGAAGCGAACAAGAAGGGGAUGCUAGUGUCUUGACCUGUGAUUCCUUUAAUUUGGAAAGAGAUAAUUUCUUGUCAAAUGGUUUUUUAAAUAUGGAUAAUUCUUUCCCCCUAAAAGAAAAUUAUGCUUGGAUGGCAUCAGACGUCUCAGAAACAGGGAGUUGUGUUUUUUGUUUGAGUCUAAGAAUGGUAAAAGAGGUAGAUAUGGGGGAGGAAGGGGAAAACUAGAAUCUGAAACCAGUUUAUCUGAUCCUGGAAAGGAUGUGAUUGUUCCUGAGGAUGGUGAGAGCAAUGACAUUAGUAAAAACAAAGGAAUUAUGACUGCAGUUUCUAAUGAUAAUUUUCUGAGUGAUAAUUCGUACUCUCAUUCUGAAGAUAAUGGGUUUCCCACAAAAACUACAUGUACAUCAGGUUUUGAAGAAGGCAAUUUUACUGCUGUGGGUAGAAAUUGUAAUAGUCAGAAGAUUGAAGAAAAUGUUCAUGAGGGUGAACCCAAAACUGUGGGCAAUGUAUGCCUAGAUGAACGUCAAACUCUGCCACUUUGGGUAAAGUGGAGAGGAAAGUGGCAAACAGGAUUUAGAUGCCCUACGAUUGACUGCCCAUUGUCAACUUUGAGGGCUAAACCUACUCAUGAACGAAAGAAAUAUGUUUCAAUUUUUUUCCCUCGAACACGGACAUAUUCAUGGGUAGAUAUGCUGCUUGUAUGUCCAAUUGAGGAGUUUCCAGAACCGCUUGCUUAUGGAACACAUCGGAAAUGGAGAAAAUUAGUCAAGGACAUGAGCACCCCACGCCGAUUUAUCAUGCAAAAGCUUGCUGUCGCAAUGCUAAAUAUCAGUGACCAGUUACAUACAGAGGCGGUGAUUGAGGAUGCUCGUAGGGCUAUAGCAUGGAAGGAAUUUGCUAUGGAAGCCUCACGCUGCAGAGCCUAUCCUAGCCUUGGGCAAAUGCUUUUAAAGCUUCAAAAAAUGAUACUUCCACAAUAUAUUAGUAAAGAUUGGCUGGAAAAUUCUUUUGAUGGCUGGGUGCAGAGAUGUCGCAUUGCUCCUAGUGCAGAAUCCAUUGAAAAUCUAACUGAGGAAAUAGUGGAGUCUGUUCUAUGGAGUAAGGUGGAUGAGCUUUGGAAUGCACCUGUGCAGCCUGAGUUAGGUCCUGAAUGGAAAACAUGGAAACAAGAAGCAAUGAAAUGGUUUUUUGCUUCACAUGUACGAGCUAGUGUUCAGGAUUUUGAACAUAAUACUUCUGAAUUUCUAGUAAAGGAGGAACCACAAACUAGUCGAAAACGUGUAAAGCUUGAAAUUCGCCGGCCAGAAACCUCUGCUUAUAAAUUAGAAGUCCCUGAUUGUGAAAGGCAAUCUCACAUAAAACGCCCGGAUUAUAAUUGUGGACAUGAAAUUUCUGAAAACGUUUCUGAAUUGCCUUUAAACUGUGAACCUAAUAAAAUGGUGGCACUACCUGCAAUAGAUGCAGUAACAGGUUCUGGCUACAUGGUUGAUGGAGGGAAUGAGUCUGCAAUUAAAGGCAGAGGUGCAGGCUGUCAAAGUACGGUUAGCACAUCUACAGACGGAGCAUGUUGCAAGGAAUUAAUGCUUCAUGCCCUUGGUCAAUCUGACUCCUCAAAUAGGUAUCGACAAUGCCUAGCUUUCAUAGAAGCUAAGGGAAGGCAAUGUGGAAGGUGGGCAAAUGAUGGUGAUAUAUACUGCUGUGUGCACUUGACUUUUCAUUCUGCUAGAAAGUACCCUCAUAUUGAUCAAAUGUUUCCUGUUGAAGCUCCAAUGUGCCAGGGUACUACUACACGUGGUAAUAAAUGUAAACAUAGAGCUCGAUACAACUCAACAUUCUGCAAGAAACAUUGGUUUCAGGGAAAUCAGUCCUCAGUUGCAGCCGAUUCUCUUUUGUUAGCAACUGAUGAAAUGUACCAAAGGAAGCAACGAGAAGGGCAAGUUCCAGAAAAUCUCUCUAGCUCAAAUGCAAUUAGUGGCCCUGAACUGAGUUUGGUAAGAGAAGCUGCAAGUUCCGCAGAGGAAAACCUGAUUCCCAUCAUGAUAGAAGAAAGCUUGGAUGAAAGAAACUGCUUAAUGAAACAAUCAGAACUUUGUGACGCACUGCCUAUUGGUAUAGGAAUUUGUUCAGAGAUUCAACACUGUGUUGGACAUUAUAGCCACAGCAAUGUUGGCCAGUGCCAAGAAUUUCCGAGGAGGCACACUAUGUACUGUGAGAAGCACCUUCCUAGAUUUCUUAAGCGUGCAAGGAAUGGUAAAAGUCGGCUAAUAUCUAAAGAUAUUUUUAUUAAUCUUGUCAAAAAUUGCUCCUCAUGGAAACAAAAGUUGUGUCUUCAUCAAGCUUGUGAACUUCUUUAUGGAUUCUUGAAAAAUGGCUUAUCCUCUCAAAAGUUUGUUUCAAGGGGUGACAAUUUGAAAUGGAUAUUAGCUGAGGCCUCUAAAGAUGUAAAUGUUGGAGACUACUUACUUAAGGUGGUUACCUGUGAAAGAGAAAAAAUUAUGGGGCUGUGGGGUCUUAAUUGUGAUUUAGAUAAGCAUGCCUUCUCUAAAGAAAUCAACUCCUUACUUACAAUGAACCAAAAUUCUCACAUGACUCUGAAAUGCAGUAUAUGUUCUGAAAUGUUUUCUGAUGAUCAUAUGCUUAUUAGACACUGGACUGAAGUCCACAAAAAAGAAGCUCGGAGGUUGUUCAAAGGAUAUGCUUGUGCAGUAUGCAUGAACUUGUUCACUAACCGAAACGUACUAGAGACGCAUGUGAUUGAGAAACAUGGAGUGCAAUUUCUUGAGCAUUCGAUAGUAGUCAGGUGUGUAUCUUGCAACAAACAAUUUGCAAGUCAUGAAAAACUGUGGCAGCAUGUUUUCUCGUUCCAUUUAACUGAAUUAAGGUUACCAGAUUUUAAUCCAAGCAAUUGUGGUCAAUCAGAAGAUAAAGCAGAUCAGGCAAUAAUGGGAACCACAAUUAAGCUAUGUCAAAACAAGAGUGCCUUUGAUAAAGAUGAUUCACAAAAAUAUGUUUGCCGGUUUUGUGGGUUAAAACUUGAUCGCCUUCCAGACCUUGGUCGUCACCAUCAAAUUGCUCAUACUAUACCACACUCUGCUAGCCAUUUCUCAUCGAAGAGAUCUUAUUUUUUCAAACGCAGCAAAUCUAGCCAUUCUCGAUUCUGGAAAAAUGUUGGAUCGGCAUUCAGAUUCAAGAAUCAGAGUAACCGUGCGAUGCUAGAACACUUUCAGUCUUCUAGGUUGGUAUCCCAAGUGAAGCCAAAAUUGUAUAAGCAGCCAUCAGAAGUGGUUGGCUUUGGAGGAUUAUCAGAAUCUAAUUGCUGCAAUGUUGCAGAGACAUUGUUUUCUAUAAUACAAAGAACAAAACAACGACCUAGUAAUAUAGAGAUCCUAUCUUUUGCACGCUCUGCUUGUUGCCGGACCAGUCUUGAUGCUGCGCUAGUUGAGUAUGGAGUAUUGCCUGAGAAUAUUUAUUUAAAAGCUGCAAAACUUUGCAGUGAGCUGAAUAUUCAAGUAGGUUGGCACCAGGAGGGAUUUAUUUGUCCAAGAGGAUGUAAGCCUGUCACAAAACCUUAUUUAUUAGCUCCUCUAAAGUCUCUCCCAUCCAUGGUCAUUGAAACUUCUAAAAUAGAGUCCGUGAAUGAUGCCAAGUGGGAGAUAGAUGAAUGCCACUAUAUUCUAAAUGCAGAGCAUUUUGAUUGGAAACAAAGGCGAGAUUCCAUAGUUCUAUGCAAAGAUGUGAGCUUUGGGAAGGAAACAAUUCCAGUGACUUGUGUGGUAGAUGAGGAUCUAAAGUAUUUGCUUGCAACUGAUGUUAGUGAUGAUUCUUGUACCCAAAAUCCUUGGUUAUCUAUGCCUUGGCUAGGCUAUACGUAUGCCACUGAACGAUUGAUAGAUCCGUCGCUUGGCCUUGAUUCUAAGAGUUCACAACUGGGGUGCGCUUGUCCACAGCAGAAGUGUUAUCCUGAAAGUUGUGAUCAUGUCUACCUCUUUGAUAAUGAUUAUGAUGAUGCUGUUGACAUUCAUGGUAAAUUAAUGCAAGGAAGAUUCCCGUAUGAUGACCAAGGAAGAAUUCUGCUAGAGGAAGGCUACCUUGUUUAUGAGUGCAACUCCAUGUGCAGCUGUGAUAUGACAUGUAAGAAUAGGGUUUUACAGAGAGGAAUUCAAGUAAAGCUGGAAAUUUUUAGAACAGCCAAAAAGGGUUGGGGAGUCAGGGCUGGGGAAGUCAUAUCACGUGGCACAUUUGUGUGUGAAUACAUUGGAGUUCUUACCACAUCAGGAAUGCAUAAAAGAGGCCAAAGCUUUGAGUGCAGCUACCUGUAUGACAUCAAUGCGCAUAUGGAUUCUGCAAGUGGUUUGAGUGAAGGGACGGUACCUUGCUUGAUUAAUGCUACCAGAUAUGGGAAUGUAUCAAGGUUUAUAAACCACAGUUGUUCCCCCAAUCUUGUAAAUUAUCUGGUACUGGUGGAGAGCAUGGAUUGUCAGCUAGCUCACAUUGGUCUCUUUGCAAAGCGUGAUAUUGCUGUGGGUGAAGAAUUAGCUUAUGAUUACCGCCACAACUUGUUACCGGGUGAAGGUCUGCGCUGCCACUGCGAAGCUCCACCUUGCCGAGGCCGUCUAUAUUAGUCCGUCAUCAAUGCACUCUAAAUAGAAGCUAGUUGAUUGAUUGUCUAGGAGCUCCGGCUUCACUUCGUGAAUUCUUAUUUUUUUAUUCUUUGUCAGAGAUUUAAGAUGCUUUCUAUAUGCUUAUCAAAGAAAAAAUUCCUCGGGGAGCUCAUGUUUGCUUUUUGCAGGCUCCUUUUAAAAUGUAGUGACAUUCUUUUGGUUAAUGAUUUUUCUAUAUUGAAUUAGCGGCCAGCCAAAUUAUUCUG